AGUUCACAUUCAAUUUUCUCUAUUGAAACAACUUGUGAAACAUUAAAAGUCAUGAAAUUCAUCUUAGCAGCACUUUUUGUCGUCGCUUUUGCUGGCGUUCAUUCGCAACCUCCAACUCCAAGCCCGCAAAUCAUCAAAAUUGUCACGGAUUGCAUGGAAGCCAAUUCCCUCACUUUGUCGCCCCAUGAAAUUCAUGACAUUUUGGACUUCCAUUGUACCGAAGCCGAACUUACUGCACCCAAGAAAUGUUUCGUCAAGUGUUUCGCUGAACGUACUUUCGUGUUGGAUGCUGCGGGAAAACCUAACUCGACGACAUUGAAGGGGGCCGAUUUGCCUGAAUGUUUUGACAAAGCAAAGAUGACAGAUGCCGUUAUUGCUGAGUGUGGAGCUAAAACUGGAGCUACGCCAUGCGAUGUCGGAUACGAAGCUGGAAAAUGUUUGGUUGAGAAAGCAGGAGUUCCGCAUGAAGAACACUAAAAAGUUGAAUUGUUAUCGCAAACAUGAGAAAAUUUGUUG